GCACGAACGUCUACUCCCAUUGCUUUCCCCCACUGCAAAGGACAAUGGCAGAAUCCUAUCCCAUCGGUACACGCAAGGAGUGCGAACGUUUAGUCCGAGACUGGGGCUUCAAGCAUGUCUUUACCUGGUCGGAUGGAUGUAAUGCCUAUUACUCUCCCCACUCGCAUGGAGGUGCUACAACUCAUCUAAUACGGCAGGGGAGUCUGACGAUCACAUACCCGGAUGACAAUACACAGUGGCACAAUGGGGAGGUAAAAAAAGAGACGUUUGGCGUCGGUGCUAGAGUGGAUGUUCCUGCUGGCAAGUUGCACGAGGUUUGGAUCGGUGAUGAUGGGUGCGAGUACGUGAUUGGAGAGUAGGGCUUGGACACGGCACAUGUGGCCGACGGAUAUUAUAUAAAUAACACGAUUAAUGACUCGAGGUUCGUGUUCGCUAAUUGUAUGUAUUAUGUUGCCCUA